CCGGACCCGGAUAUUAGUCUCCCCCCUCCCAAGUCGGCACUUAGACGGCAAUGUCAUCGCACAGGUUAAGCUCCCGCUACAUCAACCCACGGUAUCUGGAUUGCGUCGACUGCUGUCACACGCCUGUAGUUUCACGGCCAUCUCUUGAUCCUCGUAUGCCAAACCAGCUGUCAUAUUGAUAUCCCGGGCCACUUCCCACGAUGGUGUCGUUCACUGGGUCCAAGGCCUGUAUUGUUGCUGCGGCAAUACAAGUCGCUCUGGGGCAUCCUCUUGCGCGUCAGGCCUCUGACUGCAUCCGUUCAGUGCUGGCCGAGGCAGCUGAUGCCUACCUCGCUGCACAGACAGUGGGCAACAUCAACCCCCUGCAAGGGAUGCUUGCCGACGAGUGGGCGUACGAGGAGAACAACAAGAAGGCGGACGCCAGGAAGGGCGUGUUGAGCAAGGCACUCAAGAUCGACCACUACCGGACCAAUUUCGACCUUGUCGCAUGCGCAACAUACACCGAGCUCAUCGCCGCUGACCGGGCUAACCCCUAUGUAAUCGGGACUCAGCUUCGGCACGGCAAAGAUGGCAAGGUAACCCUCAUCGACACAAUCGCAUCGACGACGAAUUCGUGGCUCUUCGACGCCAAGAAGACGCUGGAGUACGUUCUGCAGGAGAACUGGGACCCGAUUCCCGAGAGCAAGCGAGACAGCCGGGAUGUGAUCAAGGCUGCCGGCGAUGCCUAUUUGGAUAUGUGGAGCAACGCAGCAGCUGCCAAUGCUGUCCCUUGGGGGACGCCUUGUGCCCGUUUGGAGGGUUCGGCGUAUACAGGAAAGGGGAGGCCUGACGACUCGUGCAAGGCUGGCAUCCCGUCGAACCAUAGCCAGGCGCCAAACACCCGCCGCCGUUAUGUCAUUGACGAGUCAAUGGGCUCGGUCAGUAUUUUCUGCGUCUGGGAGCACAUGAUGAUGGCCGCCGACAGUCAUGAGUUCCGGUUGGAGGGCGGCAAGCUUCGCUAUGUGCACACAAUGACAGUGUGUGGAGGCCAGCAAUGUAGACUGUGAGGGUUAUCCAGACAGCCUAGAAACAGCCGUAGUUCGAUUUCGCCAGGGAUGGCUCGGAAUGUGGUGGUGCGAAGGAAGGGCCAACAGAACGCGCGCAAGUGUUCUAGACAUCAUCAGGACAGAGCGCAGAUUGGUGGCGCUUACGAGAGGGAGGCUUACUAUUGCCACGUAGUAGAAAGGCUAGCACCUUAAGAGAGGGUCGUCUCACUUCCAUACCGCGCUUACGGUGUCGUAGAAAACAGUAACUACUAGAACUUUGUUCCGCAAAAGGGUCCGUAUCGGGUUUUGCCACGGG